GGUGAGGGCACGGGCACGGACAUGGGCACGGGAUCUCCCUCUGCUCCUCGACACCGCUGAGCCUGAGAGCCCCCGGCACCCUCGGUCUAGGCCAUGUGAGAGCUGAGCUGGGAUGGAGCAUGACUCACACACCCCGUGGGAACUCAAUGGCUCCUUCUAUCAGCCUUCAGCUUUCCUCAUGAUGGGCAUCCCGGGCCUGGAAGCCCUUCACCCCUGGAUCUCCAUCCCCUUCUGUGCCCUCUACCUUUCUGCCCUCCUGGGGAACUGCGUGAUCCUGUUCAUCAUCAGGAGGACCCCGAGUCUCCACGAGCCCAUGUAUUAUUUCCUGUCCAUGCUGGCCAUCACCGACCUGGGCCUGGCCCUCUGCACCCUGCCCACCACGCUGGGCCUCUUCUGGUUCGGCGUGCGCAGCAUCGGCUUCGACGCCUGCCUCACUCAGAUGUACUUCAUCCACAUCCUGUCCUUCAUCGAGUCCUCCGUGCUCCUGGCCAUGGCCUUCGACCGCUUCAUCGCCAUCUCCCACCCGCUGAGGCACCCGGCCAUCCUGACCACGAGCACGGUGCUGAAGAUAGGCCUGGCCAUCGUGCUCAGGGGGGUGCUCUCGCUGCUGCCCAUCCCCUUCCUGCUCAAGAGGCUGAGCUACUGCGGCAGGACCGAGCUGUCCCACUCCUUCUGCUUCCACCCCGACAUCAUGAACCUGGCCUGUGCAGAUAUCAAGGUCAACGUCUUCUACGGCAUGAUCGUUCUCUUGUCCACGGUGGGGACGGACUUCGUCUUCAUCGUGCUGUCCUACAUCCUCAUCAUCAGGACCGUCGUCAGCCUCACCACCAAGGAGGAGUGCCUGAAGGCUCUGAACACCUGUGUCUCGCACAUCUGCGCUGUGCUGGUGUUCUUCAUCCCCAUGAUCGGGCUGUCCAUGAUCCACCGCUUCGGCAGGAACGUUCCUCCCCUCGUUAACACCCUGGUGGCCUACACCUACCUCAUCAUCCCCCCCGCCCUCAACCCCGUCAUCUACAGCAUCAAAUCCACCCACAUCCGCGAGGCUCUGCUCAGGGCCCUGUGCAGGAAGCGUGCCCCUGACUGCUAGCUUCCUCCUGCAGCUCUGCCAGAGAGCUGAGGGACUGGGGGGGUCUGUCACACCCCUGGGACUGGGGGCUCUAUCACAUCUCUGG